UGUACCUUUUUUAUUUUUGGUUUCACCAGGGUGUCCCAAAGCUAAACCCAGACCUCUCUGUGUUGCUUUAGAUCCGUCUCUCCUCUGCAGAAAAGGUUUCCAGUGGCUUGAAGGCUUCAAUAACUGUUAAUAUGCCAAAAAUGGAUAAUGGGCGUGACUUCAUACAAUGGCUUGGACCUGACAUGUCCAUAAAGAUUCUCACCCAUUUGGAUGACCCAUCUGACCUUGUCCGUGCUAGUUCUGUUUCGAGUUCUUGGCACCGAUUUGUGAUUGAACAUGGCCUUUGUAAGCAGCUCUGCUUGAAAAUGUUUCCUGAAAUAUCUAGUGCUACGCACAUUAUUGAAGUCAAGAACAUGAUAGAACCUGUGAAUCUCAACAUUGAUGAUUCUACAGAAUGGGAGCGCCUUAAGAGGGAUCAUGGAGUGUAUGCCUUCUUAGCCCGAGGUCUGACCCCAAGCAUAAGAAAAGAUUGCAUAUCAAAACCCAUUAGUGCAUCAAGCACUGAUAAUUAUCCUGAUGAAAGCAUACAGAAUACUUUGGAACCAAGGGAUAGAGUUGGGCACAGAGCUUUUUAUUGGUCUAGUAAAGGGGAAGGUGAUCCCAGUGUUCCUGAGACAUUAAUCUAUAAGUUGGUUGCCAAAUUGUGUGUUGUUACCGAAAUCGAUGUUCAACCGUUCCAAGCAUAUUUUCAGCAUGGCAUGCCUAUAUAUUCACCUAAGGCUGUUCGAUUCAGAAUGGGCUAUCCCAGAACUCCAUUGAUAUUGGAUGCUGACAUCAGAGAUGAUUGGUUAGCUGCUCACAGUUGGAUGGAUGAUGAGUUUGUUUGGACAUAUACUUCACCAGAAUUUCCAAUGGCUCAGGAGAACUUCUUGCAAAAGUUCAAGUUACCAGAACCUGUUCUUUGCAUUGGAGGGAUUCUGCAGGUCGAGCUACUGGGUCGGGUUCAGAGACAAGAAAUGGAUGGAUUAUAUUAUAUAUGUGUCUCGCAUGUUCAAGUUGUGGGACAACUACUUUUACCGCCAUUUGAUAUUGAAGUUGAUCCCUCGGGAAAAUGUUCCUUAAAAUACAACCCCGAAAUGCAGUGUUGCACGUCUUCAACACAAUUGACUGAGGGAGAGGCAAGUACACCUUCUCGCAUUCGUACAUUCCUGAUGCAGCUGCUAGGGAAUGGGGCAGUUGACGAUGAGUCAGAUGAGGAGCCACCGGCCUAAAUUUGUAGUACCGACUUAUUUUCCGUUUGUUUUCUGCUGUUUAUAUAAACCCAGCUGAGUCUGGACAGUACUAUCAUAUCGUAAUUAGAUGAUGUUGAUCAGUGGAAACGCUUGUAUUGAUGCAAAUUAGUGUCUUUAGAAUUUGGAGUAAUUCAUCAAGGUGUAUAGGUCGGUCUUUGACUCGUUUGCCCAUGGUUUAAUAUGUCGCUUCUAAAUAAGGCCAUGAGAAAUGGUAUGCCUUUUACAAUGUUA